ACUCUUGUUUUUUUUUUUUUCUACUCUUGACACUUUGGAUGGUUCUAUCUUUCCAUACAGGUGUGCCGGGAUAUUUGUUUGCAAGGCGGCGAGGAUUGCGUGUUUUACUGUGUGAACGCAUGAUGCUGCAGCGGAGCGGCUUUUCCUCCGUGCAGCUCUCACACUGACGGCCGAGCAACUGGGGCAUGCAUUCUGUGAGCACAGCGGUCCAACAAGCUGCUGUGGUCUGUGGCACAUUCACGGGAAUAAAACGACUUCUUUUUGCUUUAUAUACGUGAAUACAGUGGAUUACUGGUCGCUGCAUGAGGUGGCUUUGAAGCGGGAUCUCAGUCUGAAGGAUCAGGAGAUAUCACAGAUGUGAGAAGGCAGGUGCGUUUCGAGAUUCGCACCUUUUUUUUUUCUUAAAUCUGAUUUUCGUCCGGAUCCUGUGAAAUGCAGCCUCUACCUGACAUAUGUGUGACACCACAGCUGCAGCCUACAGAGAGAGUCUCCUGUCUACCUGCUGCAGAUCUGCUGUGGUUGGCUGUGGAGGACUGAGACUCCUACAGCUGCAAAUCUCCCCAUCAGCAGCAUCUGCCACUUCAGUCGCGACAAGACGCAAGGGGACGGAGGCUGCUUUUUGCCUGAUCAAAGUGGCAGCUAGUCAGAAAGCACCUGUAGACGAUGACUCCAGUGGAGCUGUUUGCUUGACAGCAGCAUGAGAUAAUUGAGGACUGUCAUACUAAUCGCUGAUUCAAGCUUUUUUUCCCCCUGUUUGACGCUGAUGAAAAUGUUCCAGGGUGUCGUCAGUUGACUGACAGGGUGGCAGUGGUGCUCUAGUACGGGACACAGCCAGCAGCUGAAGGCACAGACACCACCAAGGAGAUGGCUCGUCCGGGAUCAGGGUUGCUGGUGCCCAUAAACGGGUUGGGGUACCCGCCUCAGAACCUGGCCAGGGUGGUGGUCUGGGAGUGGCUGAACGAACACGGGCGCUGGAGGCCCUACAGCGCGGCGGUUUGCCAUCAUAUCGAGAAUGUACUGAAGGGGGAUGCCCGGGGAAGCGUGGUUCUGGGGCAGGUGGACGCCCAGCUGUCCCCUUACAUCAUCGACCUGCAGUCCAUGCAUCAGUUUCGACAAGACACAGGCACCAUGAGACCAGUACAGAGGAACUUCUAUGAGCCAUCGUCCGCCCCGGGGAAAGGCGUGGUAUGGGAGUGGGAGAACGACAACGGCUCGUGGACACCGUACGACAUGGAGAUCUGUGUGACCAUCCAGAACGCAUACGAGAAGCAGCACCCCUGGCUGGACCUGACCUCUCUGGGCUUCUGCUACCUCAUCGACUUUAACAGCAUGUCUCAGACCAACAGGCAGAGCCAGCGCAAGCGACGCCUGCGGAGACGGAUGGACCUGGCCUACCCGCUCAUCAUGGGCUCCAUCCCCAAGUCCCAGUCCUGGCCCGUGGGAGCCAGCUCCGGCCAGCCCUGUUCCUGCCAGCAGUGCAUCCUUGUGAACAGUACGAGAGCUGCCUCUAACGCUAUUCUGGCCUCUCAGCGGCGGAAGCUCUACGGAGGGACGGCGGGCAACCCGGGCGCUACAGGAACCCUCACUGUAGUGCGGCAGAGCAACACCUUUGCGGGGACCUCCCUCUGGUCUCCAACAUCCGGCUCCUCCGGCACCAACAACAAUAACAUAAGUGUAGGAGGCGGGCAAGCUAAAGCUGAACAGGUGCAGCUGCCUCUGUCCACUGCCAACUUCCCCUGUUCCCCUGUGAUGCCAUCUCUUUCAUCCGCCCAUGGCCACCACGCUCUCACCAUCAACGGACAGAACAACCUGAACCGGCCGGGCACUCAACGCAUUUCCAUGGGAACUGCCAGAGGAGCCAUCCCACCAGGUGUUCCUGCGCUCCCAGUGAAGAACUUGACUGGCUCUGGACCAGUGCACCCAGCACUAGCAGGUAUGACAGGUAUCCUGAUGUGCGCUGCAGGUCUGCCGGUAUGCCUGACUCGAGCCCCGAAGCCCAUACUGCACCCACCACCCAUCAACAAGAGCGACAUGAAGCCUGUGCCAGGGAUCAAUGGCAUGCGCCGCAAAACCAAGAAAAAGCACCUAAGGAGAGGGAAAAACCCAGAGGAUGUGGUGCGAAGAUACACAGAGAAGAUUAAAGUGUUGCCAGAUGAGGACUGUACCAUCUGCAUGGAGAGGCUGGUCAUGUCAUCAGGCUAUGAAGGCGUCCUGCAGCACAAAGGCAUCAAGCCAGAGCUGGUGGGCAAACUUGGCAAGUGCGGGCACAUGUACCAUCUGCUGUGCCUGGUGGCCAUGUACAACAAUGGCAAUAAGGAUGGCAGUCUUCAGUGCCCAACAUGCAAAACCAUCUAUGGGGAGAAAACGGGCACCCAGCCCCCUGGGAAGAUGGAGUACCACGUCAUCCCCCACUGCCUGCCUGGCUACCCAGACUCCAAGACCAUCCGCAUUGUCUACGACAUUCCUGCCGGGAUCCAGACCAAUGAGCACCCCAACCCUGGGAAGAAGUUCAGUGCCAGAGGGUUCCCUCGACACUGCUACCUCCCUGACAACGAGAAAGGCAGGAAGGUUUUGAAGCUACUGAUCAUGGCCUGGGACAGACGCCUAAUCUUCACCAUCGGCACGUCCAGCACCACAGGCGAGUCAGACACUGUGGUGUGGAAUGAGAUUCACCACAAGACAGAAUUUGGCUCCAACCUGACCGGUCACGGCUACCCCGACCCCAACUACUUGGACAACGUCCUGACAGAGCUGUCGGCCCAGGGGGUCGGCGAGGACAACCUGAAGGAGUGAUGGUCAGCUGAGCUGGUACACAGGAACUCAAAGCCCCGCCAUCUCCCAGAGAACAGGGACGCUGCAUGACCGGCCAACAUGCAGUCGACAAUUCUUUACUCCCCACAAGCUAAAAUAUCCUACAGAAGUGGUGGCACGAGAGCAAUGGAAGCAAAAAUAAUGGUUCUAAUCAAUGUUAUGGUUUGUAUAACCUAGAAUUCCCCCCUGCUGUCUCUUUAUUCACGCCUUGAGCAUGGCGUGUCCAUGGCACGUGAUGAAGGUUGAUGGUGAUAGGUGCAGUUAAAUGGUAUUAGACCUGUUUUCGGUUCAACUGAAACUGUUUGGCUGUACGUGCAGUAAACCGACAAGGGGCCAGAACUAAACACAGGCAUAUUUGUAAAUGCUGAUCUCCAGAAUGCAUGGCCCCGACUAACGCUGCAUAAUGAAUGUCAAGCAAAUACCUGCAGAAGGGUGAGGUGUCAGCGGAUCAGCUGUUGCUUGAUAUUGUUGAGAUACAUUUAAGAGAAUUUCAGCUUCUCAUUUGAAUGAUAAUUGAUUACUUGCUUCCCCUUUUUACUAUUAUAAUUAACUAUUGACCUGUAACAAGUUGUGAAACCUGGUUUUGUGAUUUGAAGGAGAGGAUCUUCGCUCUGGUGAUGUCAUUUAAGGUUGCACUGGGCAUCUCUGACAUUUUCCACUUGUGAUACGACGGAUCAGUUAUUCUGUGUGUUCUGUAGUGCAUGACGUAGAUUCCAGAGAGCUAAAGGCUGUGAAAUAUGGUGUUUGGUCAUAAAUGUAUGUUGUACGGUUAACCUUGUAGACUGUCCGUGAGAGGAGAGAUGAAAUGGACGAAACAAGCUUCUGACCAGUCAGUUUACUGCUUGUUGCGAUGUGUUGUAACUUGAAAGGCUGAGGUUGUGAAGUGGGAUUUGCGCCUACGCUCCAAGGUUAAACUCAUUUGUUUUGUUGACACACUGAUGACGCUGACCUCUGUGAAUAUAAAGCCUGCAUUAUUAUUCUCCCGGUUGGAGCAAACCCAGGCGUUGGCACGAUCCAUCAUGCUGACCAUACAUGAGGGGUGAGCGGCGCGCUUGCGUGCAAGGAGGCGUUAUUGUGCUGGCUUUGAGUCCUUGAGGAGAAAAGCUGAAUACACAGAUGGGUGUUCCUCUUUCAAACAUCGACGGUUUUCCCACUGGAGAUCCAUCUUGGCCAGCGCUCCUGCUCGCCUGAGAUCUACAAGUCUCUCGUGAGCCUGUUUGCUGUUGUUCACUGUACUGGGUUCAUCUGCUUGUACAGGGAGCGGUGAAACAUCUCAUUCCCUACGUGAGCUCUCUCAUAGUCAUUAGGUUGAUCCUGAUGUAUGGCUUCAGCCUCACUCACCGCCUCCUCCUCCUCAGCUGCAGAGUGCAUCAUUCUAGAAACCAUGCAAAUGCUGGUCUAGUAUGUUACUGGUUGAGGCUUUUUUUUUUUUUCAAACGCUCUCCUCUUUCCCCCCUUGAUUUCACGCCUGCGAGCUAAAGACUAUUUGAAGGUCCUUGCUGGAGAUCCUGUGAUGUUUCUUUACCCAGAGAUUAAAGAUAACCCAGUGCUGCAUAAUUCUCCAUAAGUAUAUCUGAUCAAUUUUAAUGAGCGGGGCUGUUGGUGGGCACCCAGCUGUGGGCUUAAUUUGGGGGUGAAUCAUAGUCUUCCAUAGCACUUUGAGGCAACAUUUUUGUUCAAUCAGUCAUUUAAUUUUUAGGAAAAUGUCUUAUAUUGCAAAGAAAAUCUGUCUUUUUUUAUGUUGAUGUUUAUAAAAUGGCUUGCAAUGCUUUAAAAAAAUAUACAUAAUAUACAUUUGCAGAUGUGAUAUACCUUUAAAUUCAAGCUCAAUUUGAGUCAAUGGUGUAAGUUUAAUUUAUUUUUAUACUCUUCUAUGUAGAAAAUAUAAAGACUGUCCCACAUAUCUAUACACAGGCACAUAUUAACAUGAAUACAUAAAAUCUGGCAAAAUUUGUCAGUAUGUCAGGGACUGAAACAUGUAUGACUUGUUAUGGACGUCUUAUAUUACAAGUAGUCUUAGCGUAUGCUGCUGUUGUUACCUUAAUGUAGAAUCUGUGUAGUUGAUCCCCUGUGGGACACCAAUAAAUACAGUAAAUGUGUCUUUAUUAUUGGUGGGGAAGCUUUAGCAGCAUGAAGAUGGCUGUUUCCCCCCAAAUGGGAAAUUUCUCUUUUUUCUACUUGUCCAGAAAAUGGGAACGGAUACAGUCAGGCAUUUUUGUUGAGUCUGAAGGUGAAAACAACCUGGGUUAAAUAUCAAACUGCAAAUAUUCUUAAGAGUUUGUUUUAGCUCACUGAAACAAGAAAUUGGUGGGAUUUACUUCAGUUAGUCAGCAAUCAGGACUAAGGAUGCUGAUUUAAAGAACCUAAAGACCCUAUUUUCCUUAUUAAAAUCAUAAAGUGCUCAUUUUCUGGCAUCAAAGCACCCUACAUAUAUGCACAUACAUGCCAUAUUCAUGCAGAUAAUCAGUGUUGCACAUGUCUAACAGGGAUGUUGACGGAUAAAUUUUCUGCUGAUUUCCAGCCGUUUGCUUUCUAUCAAAUAUUUAGCAAUGAUAUGUGAUGAUGAACGAUAUGUUGGUAGAUUAUAGUUGUGAGUUGUCCAAAAAUACAUUACUUUCUGUAGAUCAUAACAAUAAUAUUUCUAUAAUAUAAUAAUUAAGACAAGCAUACCCACCUUCAUUUGCCUCCAAGCAUAUUGUUGAUUGUUUUUGCUAUAAAUUGACUUUGAUUGUGUACAUUUGUUUGGAAAUUUACAUAUGAAUUUCUUAAAGAUAUGUGUAAAAAUUACACAUAUUUUUGCAGGCCUCACAAUUGAGUUUUAAUUGCAUUUCAGGCGAAUUAUUAUACAAAUUACAUAUAUGUAUAUAUGUUUUACAUAAGUAAAUAUUUCCACUGAGACACACAUUAUUUUCAGAAAUGGUAAAUGGAGUGUAUUUGCCUACACUCAUAGUAUCAGUUGGGUUUUCCUGAGUUAGAGCUACACACAGCUUAACUUAGUGUGUUCCUGUGAUAUCAAAUUCAACACAUUUGGAAUACUAAGAUACUGUAAUUUUUAUACAAUUUCUUGGUUAAAGCAUUUAUUUCAAUCCAAAACAGCACAAACAACUGGUGUUUUGUAGUAUUUCAGCUGGCUUGAAUCCCUCUGCAAUAUGGCAGCCAAGCAGAGACACAUUCACAAGCUGGUAUGAGGUGUUUCUACCAAAAUUAGAACUGUGAGGAUUCAUGUUUUUUAUAUUUAUAUUUACCCGUCUGUCAUUAUUUGUGCAAAUUCCCCAACCUGAUGAUUAGUGCAGUUCAUAUUGAUAUUUAACUCUUCAUUUUAAAUAAUUACAAAGGAUAUUUUCUCCAACAUUAGCUUUGAUUACUGUUAAUUUCAUCAUGCAUGUUUCACUUUGAAGAUGUUUAAUGCAGUUGUAUUCAGCAUUUAUAAAAUAAUUGUGUAUCAAAUGGCAAUGUGGAAACCUCCCCUCAGCUCAUUGUUUAGCUGUCCAGCUUUUAACUGUACUGUUUGGGUUCACUCUCACACUGUGUUUAGACACAAGGUGUAGAGAGGAAGUGCAUUAGCAGAACAUUGAAAACACAAGAUGCUAAAAUCACAGAGCAGCACCUUCAGUCUUUCAUCUGUUUCUACACAGAAUACAUGCAGCCACAGUUAUGAGGUGUAACUCACCAGCAUACAUCUCAACCCAUUCUGAUGCCAACCUCUAUCACCCAGUGGAAAAUUCAUAAAUAUCCAUAGAUAUAUAGAUUUGUUCAUAUAUUUCAACUUUAUUUUAAAGAUAAAUUAAAAGCAGUGUUUAACGUUUAUGAUGCAAAAACACAGGAAUAUACAAAACAAUGCAAUACAAUAACUUUACGGGCUCAGUGCACGUCUCUCCACCUCAUCCUCCACUGAGUUCAAUCUGAUUCCAGCAACAGAACCAGCUUUUUUAAUCAGUUUGUUCAGACGCCUUGCAUCCUUGUUUUUUUACCAUAUACCUGACUGAACUUUCACCAAUCUCAUGUUAAUAUUGAUAUUUUAUUAACCAUGCGAUUUAGUGUAUGCAUACAUUUGCAAGUUGCAUUGGGGAAAUUAAUUACGUUAAUUAAUUUACGUGCAUUCUGUUUAAGCUGACAUGCUUGCACCAGCGUUGUGUCAGCAGCUGGAUGAGAAUACACAAUCACUGCAAUUAUGGGUAAAGAUGAAAGAAAAAAGGCCUGAGGCAUAAAAAAAACCACAUGGAUUGAGUGUGUAGCUUGACAACUACAUGAGAAAAAAGUCUCAGCUGAAAGCGCACAUGCCUUCAUUGUGACAUUUUUAUCCACACAAAACGAGAAGCUGACAGCGUACAAAAUAGGUUUGAAUUUAAUGAGUAGCUCAAUGCAUUUAGAAGCUUAAAAGCCAGAUAUUUCCUCUGUUAUUGUGCAAACACCAAAAACAGAUCAAAAAGUGAAUAAAUAUUGGACUAGGAAUUCAACAGGUGAACCAAAACUGAAUGCUAAAGAAAUGAUAAUGUUGUUCUGCUUAUGAGUUGCCUAAAUGUUGCAUUCCCUGCUUCCACUGCAACCAGAAAACCACACUAUAGACAUUAGUAGUUUCACAUUUAAGCGUUUACUUAAAUACUUCAAGCCACUAAUAGGAUUAUAUUUCUUUAAACUGCUGUUCUGUGUGUUCAGGCUGUUCCCUACAGAAGCUAAAACAAACUACUUAAAGUCAUUUGAAGUGUGAUUUUGACCCAGGUGGUAAAUACUUUUUGGCCUGCUCCAUUUCAAGUUCUCUCCUUCACACCUUUUGGACACCCUUUAUAAAAGUGGGACAGCAAGAGAGAAUGCUUCCAAUCUAUCAGGGAUUCUUUUUCCAUGUUGAAUGAAGUUUCAUUAACUAGAGAAAUCCAAAUGUUUGCUUCUUCAACUUUUCCUUUCCGUGUGUCGGUCUCGUAGUGUGAACGAUGCAGGCCCUUUAGACUUUUCAGGUGUGUACAGACGUCUAUGGGAACGACCGCUAAAACGUGCUUUGGUAUUUGUGCGAAUUAAAGAGAGAGAUGGUUUUUAUGCAAUUUACUAUUUUUAAGAUCUAAUACAUGAUUUAAUGUGUAGCAAGAAGGUGGAUUCUUGGUUUAAAUGACAGUGGAUGUUUUCUUUAUGGGGUGUCUACCUCCAGGAUUCUAAACAAAAAGGGGUUGCAAUCGGAGGACGUUCACAUGCUAUGUAUUAGAAAACAUAUAUUUUUGAUGUCUUUUUUUGAAUGAUUGUCUCUAAAAAAGAACUAUAACAUAACAUUUAAUGUAUUACUCUUAUUAAGAUUCAUUCCAUACUAUCCAUUUGAGUAGAAGCGGGAUAAGAGAUUAAGUCGCUUUGUCCCGACAUAUGAAGUAUUUACAGUUGUACCCUCUCGUAGUGUCUACUGCAAACUGUACUUCUCUCUCUAAAUGAUACCUUAACAUUUUGUGUGGAUAUACUGUGUGUUUGUAUCUGUCUGUCUGUGUGGAUGUGUGUGAGUGUGUUACUGAAGUGAGCGUUUAGUAGACAAAGCUUAGGUUCAUGUCCUUCAAAGGUACAGUAAUGUUCUCCUAGAGGUGCAUGUUAACCAAACUGUGAGCGAGUUUAUUGACAAUGCAAAGCUUUUUGUUGCGUACGAAAACAUCAUUGGCUUCUUUAAAAGCAUCACCCUGGUUUUCUGGUGAUUUAGCACUGUGGUUUUGCAACUUACUCCAGUUAGUUAGAGCAGUCUAUUUUCUUUUAUUUUUCCUCUGUUGGCUUUGAUUUACACAGAUGGGGACGUGAUAGCGUUUGGCUGCUCUCCUCACUCAUUUGACGACAUGUAAAACAUCUGAAUGUUUUGCAUUUAAGUGCCCAUAUUAACUGACAUCUUCAAAUCAUGACUUUUGUGGUUUGAUUUCUCUUCAGCAGCGUCUGAGUAUUGCUGUUUAAAAUGGUUCAUACGAGGACAAAUUGAAAUAAACUAAAAGCAAGAUAUAGACAGACAUUGAUUAAACUAUAAAGGGCUUCUUAAUCUAUUGGUCUUUAUUGAAUUGUGAUGACCUUGUUGCAUGUUUGUGUGUUUCUUGUGGAAAAAUAAAUGUGCCCUUGAUUGGGGUAGUUUGUUUGA